AGGCAUAGGGAGAACCUGGAGUGAUUGAAUGGUUCCUGAUUGACUGUUAGAGCUAUAACUGAAAUUGGCGCAAUUUUAUCGGCAAAUUUGCGAGGCUCAGCUGGCGUAUGAAUUCUAUCACGGCGGCGAUGGCGCUGCUUUCGCCUUCAAUCUCAAGCAUCGCCUUUGAUAAUCGUCCUUCUCCGUGUCCGGCACCGACUAGUAGAAGAAGAGGAGGAGGAAGAAGGCUUCCUGUGCUAUCCUCGUUUACCACAAACAGUGCUCUCUUCAAUCGGUUAUCUUCUGCUUCUGUUGCUCCGACUACUGCUACUCUGUCGAUAGUAAAGAGAAAGGUAGCAUGUCAGGCCGUCGGAGAAAGUUCACCGCCUCCUUCCGAUUCGACGGUAGUUUAUCAAGGGAUUUACGGUCCGUGGACCGUCGAAGACUCCGACGUCCGGGAGGUUAUAUUAUAUAGAUCAGGAUUAGUAACUGCAGCUGUGUCAUUUGUUCUUGCAUCUUCAGCGGUUUUGCUUCCAGACGAUUUUGUACUAAGGGACUUGAUUGAGAGCAAUCUUGAUAUCCUUUACUUGCUUGGAGCUUGUGGAUUAGGCCUAUCUCUCUAUCUCAUUCACAUAUAUGUAACUGAAAUUAAACGCACACUCCAAGCAUUUUGGGCUAUAGGUGUUUUUGGAUCACUGGCAACGUAUUCUGCACUUGCUCAACCUGCUGGCAGCAGUUUAGUUCAAUAUGUUAUUGAAAAUCCGACAGCCGUUUGGUUUGUUGGCCCACUCUUUGCUGCACUGACCGGGCUCGUCUUCAAGGAAGGCCUUUGCUAUGGAAAGUUGGAAGCUGGAAUUCUCACAUUUGUCAUCCCAUCAGUUCUUCUAGGACACCUGACCGGGUUGAUGGACGACGGAGUAAAAGUUACCCUACUGAGCGUUUGGAUGGCACUUUUUCUGGUGUUUGCCGGAAGAAAGUUCACACAGCCCAUAAAGGAUGAUAUAGGAGAUAAAUCUGUCUUCAUAUUCAAUGCUCUACCAGAGGAGGAAAAGGCAGCAUUGAUUGACAAACUUGAUUUGCAAAAGUAUCAAGAGAACUCUAAGUAGUCCCUACCUUAAACAUUCUCAGUGUAAGUAAUGUAUGAUGUGUUCUUAACUUGGUAAUACUCAACCUGAUAGUAUAGUGAAAUCAAUUAGACAAUUACCCUUUACUAGAUGAUGGUUAAAGUGAUACAAAAGAUGUCAAAUAUCUAAAAGCAUCUCCAAUGGUUGAGCU